CAAACAUCUGCCGUCAAUCGCAAACAAAUAUCACGUGCCGUCCCUUUGGUCUCGAGCGUCGCGAAAUAGCACCCAGGCGCACUUUCUCUCUUCUUCUCACGCUGCAUCGUGUCAGGCGCGGCGGAUAGGCAGGCAGACAGACAGCAAGCAGCACCCUGGAAACUUCGUUGCUCAUCGAGAUGCGCCUACUGGAUUAGAGAUCUCGUCAAGCAUUCUCCGACAAAGCUGGAUUGAGAAUUUUGCCUUGGCUACUCAUCCUUCCUGUACCAAAACACCUGACAGACCCCCCUUGACUUGUAACCUCCACCAUUCGGUGCGGUCUAGCACUGCAUGGGCUCUGGAUUCUCUCAGACACGAAAUCGCUUGAAAGAGGAACGAAUCAAUCAGCCAGGCCCGCUUGCUAUCCGCUCAUCAACAUGGCCACUCCGAAGCCCGGCAAUUUGGCCGAUACCGUCGCUGCGCAACAGCAAAUCGUCAAAGAUCUCCUUCCUGCUGAGAUCAAGGAUGGCGUCCUGGUGCCCCUCAAGACAACUCUUGAACUUCGAGACGACCACGCUUGCAUGAACGUCAUCAUCACUCGGGCACCCGUCAAGUCAGCCAACGCUGUCAUCACACUCCUUCGCGCCGUCCUGCCUGAGGAGAUCGCUAAGGGCAUGCCUCAUCUGCGCCGGUGCGCGAAACCAACCGACCUUCCUCCUCAUCUGAAGGCGCAAUUUAUGCACAAGAAUUCUGCUAGUCGACAGCUGCAUACCGGAAAGUCUCAGUGGAUCUACAUCAUUCUCGGCCCGGAGUCACAACUUUCACAGCAAGAGUUGGUAGAUAAACUCUGUGGGAUUGAAGGCAUGACCCCGACCCCGUGGCUGGCCAGCGUCCCGGUGCCGACUCUGGCACCCACAUCCCAAGUGCAGGCCGCCAUGUGGUCGGAGCAAUUCUGGCCUUGCGUUUACCGCAAAAACAACCCUCUGGGCCCACACCCUAGCAUGGUGACUCGACAUACAGAUGACAUCAGACCAGAUGCUGCCGUCUGGAUGGCUCUUGCUCAUCAGAUCGCCGAUGAGGGCAAAGAUGCUGGCUACGGUGAGGCCAUGGGCGCUUGUGUCGUCCACCGGAGCGCUGCUGGCUGUCGCAUCGUGGCUCUGGCAACCGAUGCCAGAUGGCACAAACAACCACCCACCGGCACCGGAAAUCCGAUGGCCCAUUGCGUGAUGCGGGCAAUCAGUAUGGUUGCCCAAAAGCUUGUACGAGCAGAGAAUCGAGAGAAUACUACGAAUCCCCAGCCAAUCCUCGAGUUUGAGGCAUUCCAGGACAAGCCUCUUCUGGCUGCUGAGGAGAAGAUCUUCCGAGAGGACCACCCCACGCCGGACGGGUACCUCUGUCACGAUCUCGAGCUCUAUCUCACUCAUGAACCCUGUGUCAUGUGCUCUAUGGCCAUCCUGCACUCGCGUAUGGGCAAAGUCGUGUUUUGUGAGCGCAUGACCCUGACGGGCGGCAUGGCGGCCGAGGUCCGCGGCCACAACCAGCCUCACUUAGCAGAGUACGGCGGUGGCAAUGGUCUGGGUCUGUUCUGGCGCCGAGAGCUCAACUGGAGCCUGAUCGCCUGGGAGUGGGAGGGCGACAACUGCGUCCACAAGCACUCGGUCGACCAGAAGGCUCACGCUUGAGCUGCUGUUCCAGUCACCCGGUCAAGGAAAGCGCAGCUGGUGAUCGGUAAUAGCGAAGAACGGUGCACCAAGUUGCAUAUCAAAACUGGCUCCCGAGGAGCAAGCAAGCAUGUUAAGCGUUUGGAGGACAGGUCAGAGGAAUUAGGUAGUCCUCUCAUUCGGUUCGGGAGUUACUGGCAGGGCAUGAUACCAUCCAUUUUUUGAGCUACCAGCACUAUUACGGCGUUACAUACCUAGGAGGGAUGCGAGACAGUGGUCCUUGUCAAUGUUUUGAGCCAAAAGCACGUGGAUUUUCUCCCUCGGUGGUGGACUGCUUUUUGUUAGCAUUGCAGCAGCUGGAAAGGGUGUCUGUAUGAUAUGCAUGUCCAAAAAAGAAAUAGGUUGAACAGUGUAUUGUGCUGAUUCAAUCUCGACGAUGAAUUGGAGAAUGGAGUCAGCCAGCCUAGUCACACUUAUCAUGGAGAAGGAGGAGAGGAAAGUCUUAUCACUACCCAUACGUCGACAGGCAAGAGGAUCAUUGUUUUAUCAAUACGCACAUUAUUUGUGUGUAGAAGGAAGAAUUGAUUUAUCAAUAC